AUGGCUGCUAGCAAGGAAUUCACCCUCAAGGAGGUUGCUGCGCACGACUCCAAGAAGGAUCUGUACCUGAUCGUCAACGAGAAAGUUUACGAUAUUUCGACGUUUGUCGAUGAGCACCCAGGCGGCGAAGAAGUUCUGCUGGACGUCGCCGGCCAGGACUCAACAGAGGCCUUCGAGGACGUCGGCCACAGCGAUGAGGCCCGUGAGAUACUUGAAAAUCUCCUUGUCGGAACCGUCAAGAGACUGCCCGGAGACCCUGCCCCUAUGAGAACCGCAACCACUACCACAACCAGCGCAGUUUCGUCGGAUACGUCUACGGGCCUCGGCAUCGGUCUCUAUGCCAUGAUUGUCCUUCUCGGUGCUAUUGGGUACGGCUUAUACCAGUAUUUGAACAUUGCGACUCCCGUCAAGCCAUAG